AUGAAGAUCGCGUCAAUACCGCUGCUCGCCUCCGUGGCGGCGGCCGAGGUGCUGCAGCUGGGCAUCAACAAGAUCGCCCCGGGGCACCACACCUCGCGGCUGGCGCGGCGGGCGACGUACAUCGAGAACCUCGCCAACAACAUCACCGGCGGCGGCUACUAUGCCGACGUCUCUGUCGGCAGCCCGCCGCAGCCCCAGCGGAUGGUCUUGGACACGGGCAGUAGCGAUAUCUGGGUCGUCGCCUACAAUGCCGAUCUCUGCACGAGCCAGAGGAUGCAGGAGUAUUAUGGCGACACCUGCAGCGAUGUUUUCACACCGAGCAAGAGUUCGUCUUUCGAGCUGGUAGACCGGCGCGCCUUCAGCAUCAAGUACCUCGACGGCACCGCGUCGACGGGCGACUACAUCACCGACGACUUUUCCAUUGCCAACACGACCAUCAAGUCCCUGCAGAUGGGCUACGCCACCAAGGUCGUGCGCGGCACGGGCAUCCUGGGCAUCGGCUUCAGCAACCAUGUCGCGGCGGCUACUCCCUAUCCCAACAUCAUGGACGAGCUGGUGAAGCAGAACAUCAUCCCGACCAAGGCGUACAGCCUGUAUCUCAACGACCGCCGCUCCCCAGAGGGCUCCAUCCUCUUCGGCGGCAUCGAUACCGAGAAGUUCAUCGGCAACCUCGAAGUCGUGCCCAUCAUCAAGGACAUCAGCUCGGGCAAGAUCAGCAGUUUCACCGUCGACCUGGAGGGCAUCACCGUCGCGUACCCCAACGGCUCAAAGGCGGACAUCAAGAUGCCCGCCGCCGAGAUGCCGACCCUGCUCGACUCCGGCACCACGCUGUCCUACUUGCCGCAGGCCAUGGCCGAAGACCUCUUCGAGGACCUGGGCGCCGUCACGGACUUCAAGACCACCGGCCUGACCUUCAUCCCCUGCGACUACCUGGGCGCCAACAGCAGGCCCAAGUCGGACCCGCAGACGCUGACCAUCUCCUUCACCUUUGGCAACAAGACCAUCCGCGUGCCCGUGCAGGAGAUGGUGCUCGACGUCUUCGCCGACUACGACGGGCCCGUGCCCAUCAAGCUGCCCUUCGACAACGCCUGCCUCUUCGGCAUCCAGUCCCUCGGCGGCUUCUCCGGCCAGUCCAACGGCAUCGCCAGCGCCGACUUCCUGCUGCUCGGCGACACCUUCCUGCGCAGCGCCUACGUCGUCUACGACCUCACCCACCAGCAGAUCGGCCUCGCGCAGGCCAACCUCAACUCGACGGCCUCCAAGAUCGUCGAGCUCAGGGCCGAGGACAAGAGCAUCCCGAGCCUCACGGGCGUGCCCGCGCAGCAGCAGCAGGCCUCGCCCACGGCCUCCAAGACCGCGGGCACCACCACCGACAAGGGCGGCAACGUCGUCACCGUGACCGCCUCCCCUUCGCCCUCGCCGUCCAACGUGGCGGGCCGCUCCGGUCGCGCGCCGGGAAGCGACAGCCUCGUCAUCAUGGCGGCCGCCGGCGCGUUCGCCGUACUGGGCGGGGCGCUGAUGGUGCUGUGA